AUGCCCUUCAGGACGGCUGGCACGAAGCAGACGGCGCGCAAGUCGACGGGCGGCAAGGCCCCGCGCAAGCAGCUGGCCACCAAGGCGGCCCGCAAGAGCGCGCCGGCCACCGGCGGCGUCAAGAAGCCGCACCGCUACCGGCCCGGCACGGUGGCCCUGCGCGAGAUCCGCCGCUACCAGAAGUCCACCGAGCUGCUGAUCCGCAAGCUGCCGUUCCAGCGGCUGGUGCGCGAGAUCGCGCAGGACUUCAAGACCGACCUGCGCUUCCAGAGCUCGGCCGUGAUGGCGCUGCAGGAGGCGUGCGAGGCCUACCUGGUGGGGCUCUUCGAGGACACCAACCUGUGCGCCAUCCACGCCAAGCGCGUCACCAUCAUGCCCAAGGACAUCCAGCUGGCGCGCCGCAUCCGUGGGGAGCCGGCCUAAGUUCCUUCAGCCAGUGAAAACUUUAAUGCCCAAAGGCUCUUUUCAGAGCCAAUGACCUUUUCUAUGAGAUAGUGCUUUGUUCUUGUUCUUGUAAAUUGUGAAAGAUCCUGGAGAAACCAAGUGUUACAAGCCCUUGCAUAAGCUUAAUUGUGUGGCUCUGAAAAGAGCCUUUAGGUAUUCUCAGUUAGCCAAACUUCUGAGUUCCUGCCGGCCCCUUCUUGGGCUUGGCCGCCUUGGGCUUCGGGGCCUUGACCUUGGCGGGCUCUUGGCAGCUUUCACCUUCUUUGGGCUCUUGGCCACUUUCUUGGCCGCCGCCGCCUCGGGCUUCUUCCCUUCUUCGGGGUCUUCUUGGCGCUCUUCUUGGGAGUGCCGGCCCCGGUGGCCUUCUUGGCUUUCUUGGCCGCCCCGGCAGCCUUCUUGGGCUUGGCCGCGCCCGCCUUCUUGGCUUUGGGCUUGGCCUCCCCGGACGCCGCCUUCUUGUUGAGCUUGAACGAGCCCGAGGCGCCGGUGCCCUUGGUCUGCACCAGGGUGCCCUUGCUCACCAGGCUCUUGAGGCCCAGCUUGAUGCGGCUGUUGUUCUUCUCCACGUCGUAGCCGGCGGCCGCCAGCGCCUUCUUGAGCGCGGCCAGGGACACGCCGCUGCGCUCCUUGGAGGCGGCCACGGCCUUGGUGAUGAGCUCGGACACCGGCGGCCCGGACGCCUUGAGCUUGGCGGCGCCUGCGGACUUGCGGGCCUUCUUCUUCACGGGCGUCUUCUCGGCGGGGGCCGGCGCGGCGGGCGCGGCCUCGGACAUUCUGCGCUCGGCUGGCGGAAGGUACAGAAAACAAUAAUAAUAAUAAAGUCUCGGAGUUGAGCUGCCUGGCCCUGGAGUGUGUGUGUGUGUGUGUGUGUGUGUGUGUGUGUGUGUGUGUGUAUAUAUAUAUAUAUAUAUAUAUAUAUAUAUAUAUAUGUACAAGCAGGGCGCGGCGCGCUGAUUGGUUCCCAGCGCAGCCUUGCCACUUGACCGCAACCUAGUCUCAGCUCUGUCCCGGAAUUGUGUUUGUUACCCUUGAGCAAAGCAAAAAAAUGAAAAUUUCCCGUAGAGGGAUCACAGCGACUCUAUUGUAUAGCGACGCGGGACAGCUCGUGCUUUGAGCCUGUUUUCUUCUUCCAGGUUUUACGACGUCAGUCUCAGCCUUUUCCAAAAGCCCCUGACACUCUGAGAGAUUCACAGGUCAGGGAGACAACCUCACGAGUUACGUUUAAAAUAGAAGUCCUCCCGUCUUUGCUGUCAAUAGCUUGCUCUCUAGUAACAGUCUACAUUCUUGGCUUCUCGAACGUUCAACAACUGCUUAGUUCUCACUGAGACUGACCCGGAAAAUCUGGUUCAUAGGAAGGGAACUAGCACAGGCUCUUUCCCCAUUUCUCUGCAAGAGUGAUAGUAAAUGAUGGUUGUAAUAAGAGCUUGUACUGACAAGGACAGUCACUACUUCGUCCAAAAAGCCUUCAUCAUUGCUCCUAGUGACAAUUUGGAAGGUUAGUUACUUUGGGGGUUUCAAGCAUUCCCGAUUUGUUGAGGAAAAUGGGAAAUGUAGCAAUGUGUGGUCCUGACCUGGUUGUCUGGCCUGUGUUUCCCAUAGAUGAUGACAGAGGAUAUCUAGGAGGGCUAUAAAAGAGGCUCCUUUAUGGUUUAAAAAAUUUCUUAUUUACACUGUCUUUAUUGGGGGAAUCGGUAAUUAAAAUAUUAAUAAGCUUUUCGGUACAGAAAUCUGCCACGCUUGGGGAUAAACUUGGGCAACCUACUAAAGUAACAGAAUCAAAGAAUAUACACGUGUUCUUUCUCUCGCCAUAGUUUGUUGGAGCCUCAGUGUUUCUCGCCCUUUCUGGGCUAUCUCGUACUUUCCAGGCUACUUUGUAGCUAGUUGUGCUCAUUACUUUCUGCUGAAAUCCAAAGGUCUAGAGGGAGCUUCGGUCUGAGACUUGGCUUUCAAUGGAUUUGCCAACGAAGCUUUAUGCAUCCUGUGUCCCGGAACCUUCUCAGAUGGCCAGUGAAGAAAAUUCCCAGGGAGGCUCAGCUGUCAAACCAUCUUCGAAGUAUUAAUAAAGAACCUUAGUAAAUUGACUCUCGACCCUAGCAUCAAACUUCUUCCCCUCUACCAGAAUAUCCACCCCAACAGCAGGACGGGGAGAAGGAACCACAGGGACUUGUGGCCCGAAUACUCAGCAUCAGGAGGAGGGAUGGAGUAAGGACUGUGUUAACUGCUCGGAAAGAAACGAUGGAAAGGCUGAUGUGGUGUAUUAAAGACCAUCGCUAGUUCAACCAGCGUUCCACGGAUGAACCCAGAGUAGAAAGAUCUAGAUGUAGAUGUCAUUGUUGCCUGUAUCCCAGACCUCCCGAGGAUAGCAGCACAGAGAAUAAUUAUGACAUCGAGUCUAUGUAAACAUAAACCUUAUAUGGUGUUUUUCUUGCUGGUAAUUUUAGAAUCAGUAUGCAGCAGCUUGGGAGAGCUGCUCUGUCAUAGACAAACUAUGAUAUUUUGAUAAUCUGUGAUAUUAGCUCCGUGUUGUCUUUUCUACCUUGGUACCAAUAUUUUGUGAGGAAUCCUGUAGUUUGCAUUUGAGUGACUUCAAUAUACUUUAGUUCCACUUUUUGAUAUGACCCAAGGAAGUCCUAGUAGGUUUUGAGUAUUGCCUGGGUGUUUGAGAAGCCCGAAGUCAUGAAGAUCCGUGAACCUAACAUGGGGCUCCUGGGUGGCUCAGUUGAGUGAAGCGUCCGACUAUCGCUCUGUAGAGUAGGGCUCUGUGCUGGCAGCUGGGAGGCUGGAGCCUGCUUCAGAUUCUGUGUGUGUGUGUUUCUAUCUACCCUUCCCCCACUCAUGCUCUCUCUCAACCAUAAAAACAUAAAACAAAACAAAACAAAACAAAAAACCCGUAACAUCAAAUUGGAAGCCAAGUAACUUGCGCAGGAGGAAUAUAGAGAGACUAUUGGGUGGUUUGGCUAGAGAGAAUAAUUAUAGUCAUGGCAGAGUGCGUAGGCUAGAUUUUCUGGGUUUCAAAAAUUAGAGUUGUAAUAAAAGUUUCUUGUGGUAGUUCAAUUUUCAGUAGCAAAUGUGUAUGUAGAGGAACUUAUUAAAAUUGAGGCUUAUUUGGAAAAAAAAAAGAAUAUACACAUGCAACUCUCACACACACACUCAUACACACACACAUGCAUUCUUACACUUCCACGCACAGUUCAUUUGAGACAAGGGCAAUUUUUAUAAAAGCGUGUUUUAUAUUCACUAGUACAUUUCUUAGUUAUGAAGGAGAUAGGUUUGUAUUAUUAAUGUUGAAUAGGAAAUAUGUUUAUGGUAGAAAGGCAUUUAAUUUUUAUUUUCAUCACACUUCAAAUUCUUUCUCUUUAACACGUUUAUUUUGAAGCAUGUACCCACCUUGUGUUUUGCUAGGAUGUUGAAAGUAAGAAAUGCUGGGAACACACAGAGCAAAGCUCAAAAGGUGAGGGUUUCACACUCCUUUUCGAUCCCUUCAAAAUCCAGAAAUGACUGAUUGCUUCCUGUAGCACAUUCAACUGAAAUGUGAAAAAUGUAAGAAGUGUUACUAAAGACUAAAUAUUAACACAACUCAGAUGGGUGAGAUGAGAUGGGAAAUCAGCUCAACAUAAAUCAUUUUUACUUUGUGUACUUACUUAUGUAUUCCUAAUCCUCUUAAGAGGUUUUGAUUCUUAUGGUUGAAUUUGAAACUCACUUGAGGAAUAUUCAUAGACAGCAAGGAGGAGUAUGAAUUACAGAGAGGCCAUGUCGGAAGAAUGCUGUGACGGUGGUCAGUCUAGACAAGAGCCAGGAUUCCAACCAGGAUCUGGGAAAUAAUGGAGGUGCCUUACCAACAAAGGAAGGGCUGUCUCUUGGCCACCUAAAUGUAGGGAGUCUCCAAGGUACUGCUCUAUUCCCCUUCAUGGGUUCAUGAAUUACCUUUCUAUGGGUAACUUCGAAGUUUCUCCCUCAGGUCUGUCCUCUUGCCUAAAUGUCAAAUUUGUAUUUCUGGGUGCCUGAUGGUUAUUUGACUUUGCACCUCCGUAUACCAGAUAUACUCUGUCUAUACUCUCUACAUAACCUAUCUCAUCUACGUAGUUUCCAAUCAAAAGAUAACCUUCUACCUGUCAUCUCUGUAAAUUCUAUUUAUUAAACCCCCAUUCUUUAUUAAGUGAGCCACACCUGAUUUGUUUGGGGACUUUUAGUCCAUUGAAGGUCUAAGCAACUUGGAAAUAAAUAGAUGGCUCCAAUGUUUACCAGUAGGCUCAGAGUGGGCCAACUACAUUUCUCCUCAGAGAGUUUUGAUCCUUACAUCAAUUUAUACAAAAGGAUGCAUGUUUCAGCAACCAUAUCCUACCGGAUAUGAUAAAGGAAUAUGAAACUUAUUGCGUUUUGGUCCCCUUCACAUGUUGGAGAAGUAAAAGAAUAGUGUCAACAAAAUGACCCUUCUGUAGCAAUAUAGAGGAGGGAGAGGAACUGAGUACUCAGUACUUAAUACUGAGUGAGUAUUAACAGAUUUCCUUUCAUAUAACUCAGCACAGUGGUGACUACAAUUAGGAGAAAAAAAUAUCACAUGUCUCAUAUAGCAAAGCAAAUGAAACUAUGACUCCUCUUAUCUCUGGAUAGUCAGGGGUGACAACGUCCUGUGUUUCUUGUGACAGACUGGGAAGCUAAUUCCAGAGGGACAUUUUUACACACCUAGAGAUGACUUGGAUAAUAAUAUAUUAUAUACAGACUGUAUCUCCUCAACCUAGGAAAUAUCUCUCCACUGAAAAAACAGGAGACGGGGCUUAAUCCAUAGAAAAAUUUCUCUAUGUUCCUAAGGGAAACGUGAAAACAUAGACGCACUAUUUUUCUCCAAGAUAAACUCUGUAAAGAAAAGAGGGUGAGGAAAUAACUUCUUUGUUGUGGAUGGGUGGAGAAACCAUUGCCAUAUACCUUUACACAACGUCUGACUACUGUUACUAACCUAUGGUUUUCUUUCCAAUGCUCACGGCAUUUCCCAGUGCUCCUGUCUGCAUAUUUUCCAAACCCAGAGUCCUUCAAGGCUCUGAAGAGCCCAAAGAAGGCUCAGUGAUCAUUUCGUGUCAUGGACUUCUUUGGAUGUCCCAUGAAGCUUAUAUAUGUACGAUGAAUUCUUAAAUGAUGUACAGAGAAUUUAUAAAGGAAAAGAAUUAUAUUAAAAUUCCAGAAUCAAACUUAUCAAAACCCAAAA